AUGUCUAGACUUCGACAUGUGUUUUCCGAGGAAGGAUCAGUGACCGAUGUCAAACUAAUACGAAAGAGAAAUGGAGAAUCCAGGAGGUUUGCAUUCAUUGGUUUCAGAUCUAUGGAAGAUGCAGAAGGUGCCGUGAAAAGUCGUAAUGGUACAUUCAUUGACACUGCUAAGAUUGAUGUUCAACUAGCGAAGAUAUCUACUGAUCCAACCUUACCUCUUUCGUGGAGGGAGAAGCGAAAAUUGAAAGAGAGGGAAAUGCAAGAGAUGGAGGAGAAGAUGAAGGAUAUGGAAGAAUUGCAGAGAUCAGUGAGAUCAAGAAAGAAACAAAAAAAAAGUAACGGGACCACUCUUGAAGAGAAAAUUAAAGAGAAUCCAGAGCUUCAACAGUAUCUUGAAACGAUGAAAUCUUCUGGGCAAGGUAGAUCAUGGAACAAUGAUGAGGUUGUUGAUCCUGAGAAUAUUCCUACUGCUACGGACUUGGAAAGGGCAUUAGCAAAGGGGGAUGGAACCUUAGUGGAGGCUACCGAGGGGGCUACCGAGGGGGCCACAAACGAGGCUUUUGAGGCUAACAGCGAAGAUGAUCAUAGUGAGGUUAAUGUGACAACGAAAUCUAAGGAGGAGAAAGAAGAGCAGGUUUUACAACCAAAAAAGGGGAAAGAUUCUUCUGAUAUGGAUGACUUAGAAUGGUUUAAGACCAAAAGAGUGAGGAUUCCAGAGAAAAGUCAUGAAAGAAUUGAAGAACCUAAGGACCAAGAAAAGAAAGAACCACAUAAUGUUGAGAUCGUAGAAAAGCAUCAUCCUACAUCUGUCAAACCUGAAGCUGAACCUCGGCUCUCAGAACACGAGAUAAAUGCUGGACUCAUCAGUAAAAGUGGUCGUUUGUUCCUUCGUAACAUCCUUUAUUCUGCUACAGAGUCUGAUUUCCAGGGUAUUUUUUCAAAAUAUGGUGAGCUGGAAGAAGUUCAUGUUGCUGUUGAUUCGAGAAAUGGUUCCUCGAAAGGAUUUGCCUAUGUUCAAUUUAAGGAUCCCGAUAACGCUAUUCAGGCCUAUGAAGAACUCGAUGGAAGCAUUUUCCAGGGAAGAUUACUUCAUAUUAUUCCUGCAAAACCCAAAAAGGAGAACAAGUUGGACGAGUUUGCACUUCAAAAUAUGCCACUGAAAAAGCAGAAGCUCCUCAAAAGAAAAAUUGGUGCUGCCAAGCAGCAGUUUAGCUGGAAUUCCCUCUAUAUGAACAACGACGCUGUAUUGGAAAGUGUUGCUUCUAAUCUGGGGAUUACCAAGCUGGAUUUAAUUGAUCCUGAAAACAGUAAUUCUGCUGUUAAGCAAGCAUUGGCUGAAGCACAUGUCAUUGGAGACGUUAGAAAGUACUUUGAAGGUAAAGGUGUGGAUCUUCUCAGUUUCAACCAGAAAGAGAAGGAUGAUAAAGUAAUAUUAGUGAAGAACUUCCAGCAUGGAAUCACUAAGGAAGAGAUAGGCGAGAAGUUUGCUCAAUAUGGUAAGUUAACACGAAUUCUAAUGCCUCCUGCAGGCACCAUAGCUAUUGUUGAAUUUAGAGACACCUCGUCUGGAAAGAUUGCUUUCAACAGAAUGUCUUUCAAAAGACUUGGAAAAUCGAUUUUGUACUUGGAAAAGGGUCCAAAGGGACUAUUCAGCAAAGAAGCAGAGGCAGGUGAUGUUGUUGAUGAAAAGAGCGAGACUUCUUUGGAUGGUGUUACCGAAGUGAAGCAAUCCAUGGACGAAUUGAUGAGGGAAGAGUCCAAACCGCAGCAAGGAAAUGCUGUCACUGGCAAUGUUAGUGAAAACGAAAGCGAAGGAGAUGAAGAGGAAACCGGACCUACAGUGUCCGUCUUUGUGAAGAACUUCAACUUUGCCACUACUACAUCUGAUAUUAACAACUUGUUCAAACCUCUUGAGGGAUUUGUUGUUGCAUUAGUUAAGACGAAACCGGACUCUAAGCACCCAGGUAAAAUGCAGAGUAUGGGAUUUGGAUUUGUGGAAUUCAGAACGAGGACACAAGCUCUGGCUGCCAUUCGAGCAAUGGAUGGUUACGUCUUGGAUGGUCACAAACUUCAAAUGAAGCUUUCUACAAGAACGUCGGAGAGGGAAAGUGGCUCUGAGUCUAAGAAAAGACGUUCGUCGAAAAGUCCAAAGAUUAUCGUUAAGAACUUGCCCUUUGAGGCCACUCGAAAGGACGUUCUUGAACUUUUCAACUCCUUUGGUAACCUACAGUCUGUUAGAGUGCCUAAGAAAUUCGAUAAAAGUGCAAGAGGCUUUGCGUUUGUUGAGUUUAGUACUGUGAAAGAAGCUGAAAACGUCAUGGAUCAAUUACAGGGUGUUCAUUUGUUGGGUCGUAGACUUGUUUUAGACUUUGCAGAAAAAGAGGCAGAUAAUGCAGAAGAGGAGAUCGAGAGAAUGACCAGAAGGGCCAAGAAGCAGACCAAUGCAAGAAAGAUGGCAGAUAUUAGAGAGGGUAAUAGCGGCAAGAGAAAGCUCGAUCUUGAGGAACUAGAUGAAUAA